CGAAUCGAUCAUCAAAAAAAAAAACGAAGAAAUUUCGCAUCGCGCGCUGCGGUUUUUUCGCGGAGCGGCUCGACGAGCCUCGGGAAAAAAAAUUGUGAAAUCGGAUCGCGGCGAAGCUGAGACUUUUCCCGAAGAAGUCGGGGAAAAAGAAGAAAGAAAACUGUGCGCCGCACACGCGCGAUUCCGUUCUAUAUGAUACAACAACAAUAGCCGCGGCGAGUGAGAUUUCGGCCGCGCGAGAGUAAGAUCGCACGCGAAGAGGAGAGGAAGAAGAUCGCGGACUUUCGCUCGCUCCUUUUCCCCGCGACUCUCUCUCUCUCUCUCUCUCUCGCUCGCUUUCGUCGAGGAAAAGAUUUCUCCGCGUCGGUUCGAGAGAACGAAACGGCGUCUAUUAGCAUCGUCCCGAUCCGAAUUGACUUCCAAGUGAAAAAAAACAUCCGUCGUUGGACACGAUCGCGCGUCCCGUCCGAGCGAAUAGGUGAGUGAAGAGAAUGGCUCGUGGACAGCAAAAGAUACAGUCCCAAGCUAAAGCUGCAGAAAAAAGUGCGAAGUUGAAGAAACAACAAGGCCACAGCGCCAAUGAACAGAAGAAGGCAGCCCAGAAAGCGCUUGUUCAUGUGUGUACUGUAUGCAAGGCUCAAAUGCCAGACCCCAAGACUUACAAGCAACAUUUUGAAAACAAACAUCCCAAGAACGAGCUGCCUGACGAUUUGAAGAAUAUAUGAGAAUAUAAACUGUUGUAUAAAAAGUGGGGAUUGGAUAGGGAGCGGAGAAAAAAAAUGCUGACGCAACUGACAAAGUGAUAUAUAGUUCAACAUUCAUCUGAUCAUUGCAUAGUUUCAGAAUAAUAAUAAAUUAAUACCUUGUUAGUGUUUUAACUGAUCUAUCACACACUCACUUGACAUUGUUGCGCACAACUCAGAAUGUUAAACAUUAUUGCGGAUUCAUUUACGUAAGAUAUAUUGCUUUUUAAGAAGUUAACAGUAUCCACAAAUAUACAUAGCCAAGUCUUUUCAUACAAAAACGUAACUAGCUCUGCGUGUAUGUUUCUAAAUAAAGUUCGUAAACUCUUGGUAAAAAAAAUUUUGACAAAAUAUAUUUUACCAUAAAAAAAAAAUAAAAAAAAAAACAUGUAGCAUUAAUUUCCUUUUUCUGUUGGUACGGAAAGAGAAUUUAUAUAUAAACGAGUGGUGCAAAUAUAUAUAUACAGAGUAAUAUAAAUGAGAAUCGAAGAGUUUAUAAAUUAUUUUCUCUAUAUAUACGUAUUGAAAUGAAGACGAGUUUGUAUUGAGAUUUAGUAUAAGUUGAAUUUAAAAAAAAAAACAAACAAACAAAAAAAAAGAUCUGUUAUGUGUACGCAAAGAACGUUUCUAAACAUUUUUAGUUUUCUUACUGUGAGAAGGAUUUUUCCACACUGAUCUUGUUGCAUUUACCUAACUAAACUUUUGUAUUUUGAUGUAUGAUUUUACAAACGUUCAAAUUAUAAGGUUGAAAAAAAAAAAAAAAAAAACCAAAACCGUUGUUAACUGUAUAACUGCCAAUUUAUAGUGUUGAUUGUAUUUCUUAUGCUCUUUAAAAUAA